UCAGCCAGAGAAGCUCCUCGCCCCUUCCCCUGCCGCCCGCAGGGAGCCAGCGGUGCCUCCAUCAGCAGAGCCACCCUGCUCUGGUGGCAUCCCGGGGUCGGGAGGGAGAGCCAUCCCUGCCUGCCACGGAGAUAACAGCAGAGGAGGAGAAGCGCACUUGGCUGGAAGGACGCUGUCCUGACUCCAGCGGUAGGACAGCAGAUCCUUUCUGCACAGAUCCACCGCCUGGGAGGAGAUGUUCCCAGGGACAUCGCCAGCAAGCUCGUGGUCUGAAGCAGGGACUCUGGUGCCUCAUCCCAACACUGCUGCCUGCUCGGAAAGAAAGCUGACUUUUUGACCAUUCCAAAUGAGAAACUCAGAACUCCAUACUCCUUAAGCCCUGAAUUAGGAGAGAAGAGAUCCCCCAGAUGUUUGGCAAAGCAGAAAACAACCUUCCCCAGCUCACCCAAGGAUAAACCACCUGCUGUGGGAGAGAGAAGCUGGCAGAAAGCUGAUUGCUCAGUGUGUCUGGAAAAACAACGCUUGCAAAGACCAAAGCUGUGCAAACCUUCACAGCUCAGCUUGAGAGAAGGACCAAAGCUUUUCACCAUCCAAAGGAGGUGACCUACCAAAAGGAGGCCUAAAGUAUUUUUAGGAUAAAAUAAAAGCCAGAAGGAAGUGUAAAGCACAAGUGUGAUGCUCGCUGUCAUUAUGACAGCAACGUGCAAAAUGGUCUGUGGAGGCCUGUCCCUCGCAGUUUGCUCAGUUGUGUGAGCAGCAGCCUUGACACCGAGAGGAUGGAGCAUCUCUUGCAGAAGCCAUCAUGCCAUCUGUGCUAAGUUCCCUCUCCUGACCUCCUUUGUGAGUCUGGUGGGGGGAGACAGGAGAUCUGAAGGUAAACACGGAAAAUGGACCAAAGCUGACAGAGAGCAAUGACUGAGAUUUAUUUCAAGUUCCGCGGAAACCUGACUGGCCGUGUCCACCUUCCAACUCUGGCUACUGAAGUAGACACAACAGCAGACAAAUAUUCCGGCCUCUAUGUGUACGUGGGGUUGUUCCUAACCCUCCUGGCUCUCCUCCUGAUCCUGCUGUUCUCCAUGCUCCUGCGCCUGAAGCACGUUGUGUCCCCCAUCACCUCCCCAGAGAGCACUGAGAACGGGCAGCAGUUCACAGACGUGGAAAUGCACAGCAGGAUCCCCACCACUUAGGGAGCCCACAGCAAAGAGGGCUCCGUGCUUGGGAAAGGUGUUUUGUUCAGCAAAGGUGGUGGAAAGAAGCUCUGGCUGCCUGUUGAGCCCCACGACUUCUUGCAGAAGCCUCAGCAGCAUCUGGAGAGUGUCGCUGGCUGCUGGCACCAAAAUCGACAUCACAGAAACCUGCUGCCGUCAGGGAAGGCUCACACCCCUCUAAAAGCCUUGCAGAAAAUGGGAAAAACCACAUUAAUGACAGCCAAAAACCCAGAGAAACAUAGCAGAAUGUGUCCUGGAGCCUAUGUUUGGUGACCUCUCUGAAUCAACGAAGUUUAAGUGGUGUAAGGGGGAAGAGCCCACGGGACACACAGAGAAAUUGUCAGUGGCUUGAAAAUUCUCAGGCAUUUCUCCCAUUCAAGAAGGAAAACAUUAAAUUGUUCUCUUUCACUUGAAUGGCAAUUAAACAAUGGAGUUUCACAAAUAUAAAAAUGUUUCAUCACCUGCUGGAACUAUGUCUUUCUGGCAUUAGAACCCAUUUAGUGAAUAGUUGCACACCAGACAUCAAAAAGAGACAGAACUUUAAAGAGGAAAGAGAACAAAGCCAAAAUUUAAGCAAGGUUUAAAAUAAAAAGAAGCAGCAGCAGCAGGAAAUGAGAUUAAAAAACUUAUAAGACACUCUACCUCUUCCUUUCUCCUCCUUUAUAUUAACUGAGCUGAAUACAAACAUUUUAUGCUCCCAUGCUUUUAGGCUCCCCAGUAUCACUCAGUUAUUAAAAUGCAGUGUAAGUUUUGGGAGCCCAAUUGACAUUGCUCUCCUAAGAGACUCAAGUUCAUAAUAACAUGUUCUCUCAUAUCCAUAUUGGGUUUUCUUCCUCAAAAGACAGACGAGUUCUUCCAAAGUUUUUUUCAUUUCUUUCCCUCCAAAGAAAGCUGAGGAAAUGCCCAGGCCUGGCACUGCAAUAAGGAAUAGUGGGAACAGCUUUGGACACAGACUAAUAGGGAACAUGCAGAUGGAAAAUAAACUCACUGAGCACUGAAAGAUACGAUUGCAUUCAAAUAUCCUGAUGGAAUCUCAUAGGGGAAAGAAAUGUUUAUUUGAAUUUAUGGAACAACAAUUUGACCCAGUGCUAUGAGUGACGUACAGAGGUAGCCUUUGCUUCUGUGGAUGGAAGAGAUGGAACCAAAUAUGGCAAAGCACUCCUGGGAGAACCACUGCCUCUCACAGGAAAACCUUCAGUGAAUUGUUUCAGCCACAUCUCUAAAGGGCAGGUAUUUUACACAGCUUAUCCACUUUAUUACAGUCUAACUCUAGUUCAGCAAUAAAACCCCCUGGAUGUUUUCCACAGAUACAUACACUCUUAUUUGCCAAUUCCCCUCUCUCCAAGGGCUUGGAAAGUGUAAAGUCCUCACACAAACCCAGUGCAAAAUUAGAGAAGACACUGUCACAUGGACCUGUGAUAGUAGCACAAAUUUUUUCUUCAAAUGCUCUGUGUACAACUGGAUUUUUGCUCACUUUGGGUGAGCUGUUUGGACUGGGACUAUCUGGGCUUUUACAGAUGGUUGGCAGGGGGGAAGCAGAAUGACCACUGACAUGCCCACUGGGUGUGUGGGCAGGACUAGUGCUACUUCUCACUGAUGUAUUGAGUACAAAACCUUUUAAACAUUGCUUCCUUAUAAUUCCUUUUGAAUGAUUUCUUGAAUAAUUCCUUUUUACUUCAUUAACCCCUGUGAAUCACAGAAUCCCAGAAUGGUUUGGGUUAGAAAGAACCUUAAAGAUCACCUUGUUCCACCCCCUGCCAUGGCCAGGGACACCUUCCACUAUCCCAGGUUGCUCCAAGCCCCUGUCCCACUGGCUUGGGACAGUGAGCUAGAACAGUGAUUGUGUGAGGGAAUACUGCAAAAAAAUCACUCUCAGCAGUGUCUCUCCAUGCCAUGCUUGGCUGUGUUUCCCUGGAAAAAUGGCAGGAUUCAGGUUAUCCUCUAUGGGGACAACACCAGGCAGGAUGGUGGCUUCACACCACGUCUGAAGAUUGGCUCCUCGACUCUCAGUACUGCACAAGAGCCAAAAUUUUGUGUGAUGAUUAGGAUAUUAAUCCAACUAAGACAGAUGGCUACUGAGUUAGUCAAUGACAUUUAAAAUUAACAAAAAUCUAUGCUGCUCAAAUUGGUUUGUUAUGUGUCAUUCAUUGAGCCAUCAUGAGGCAGCCUCGCCCAGGCUCAACAUCUGACUUACCCUGGAAAACUUCUCCAUUCAAGAGCUACCACUUACCUAGACCUGUUCUAACGUACUAAAUCAGCAACUAAACCAUAUUAGAUUCCCAGCACAACUAUCUGCAGAAAAGCCUUGUAUCCAAGAGUCUGCAGGACAGACUCAGCUUCUACUGACAUAAAAUAUCAGACCUACUGAUGGAAAAUGACAGCAUCAAAUUCUGAGUGAUCUGAUCUCAGCCAAAAUGGACCCUGAGGUACAGGUCAGGACUGAGCUUCUUUCCAUCACACUAAGGAAUGUUAAUUCACAAGAGUCUCACAACACAUUAAAACUUAUUCAGCAACUGUCCUUUAAAUAAAUGAAUAAUCUCUUUAUAUAUCA